UGAUAAAUAAAAAUGUCAAUUUUUGCACCAUUUACGCGAUUCUAUAGUUGAAUUCGUUGUUAACACAUCAUAGACAGUGAAGAAAUUUUUGUGGGAAGGAAGCAACUACCAUUCGUAACUCACGAAUUUCCAUAUUAGUAUUGUUGACACAAACGUUAAUCAAGUCAAUUAUUACUCUGCUUGGUUUUUUUCUGCUAUUGAUUUCAACAACAACAACUACACCUUAAUACUUCAAUUGGGUUUUGAAGGUUAUAGUUGGAAUAUUAAAAAAGGUUUGAACUUUCAGUUCAACAAACAUUCUUAGUGUUUGAAUGACUGUUGGGUAGUUGUGUUGUUUUGGUUACUGUUGAUCAGUAAAUUCCUUUGUUUCUGUUGUCAUGUGUUUAAGGAAAUUGCUACUGUUCAGAACCAGAUUCUAAGGAACUUGUGUUUUGUUCUUUUUGAGCUUGUUGGCAAAUUGAGCUUUUUUCACCCUUUGAGGCUGAAAUUCUGAACUUUUUUAUAUGCUGAGUUGUUUUUUUUGGAACUAUGCUUGCAAAUGAUUCUGCAGUUGAGGAUUGAAAAUACUGAUUAUGGUGAUGGGUUGUAAUGGUAUUGAACAUUUGUGUAAAGAAGUGUUAGAAGACAAAAAGGGUCUUACAAAAAUGGAUGAUGGUGGGUUCGUUAGUGUUAGAGGUGAAGUUAUGUCACAAGAAGAUGAUGAUUCAGCUUCUUCUAAGGAGGUAGAGGAUUUGAAGGAAAAUUUGGUACAUCAAUUAUCAUCACAAGUUACUUCUUUGCCACAAGAAGGUUUGGAACCUGGCAUCGCGGCAUCUGUUGGAAGUGAGAGAAAUUCACUAAUAGGUGAAGCUGAAAUUAUGAUUUCUAGAUCAAUGAUAGAAAAGAGAGGGCUUAGAAGGCAUGACCUAAUGUUGGACAGACUGUCAGAGCAUGAGAAGCAAAAACUGAUUGCUAACUUAGUGAAGAUACAAAAAGAUGGGACUGUUGAAGUUGAUGUAGAAAGGAGUGCUUCAGUUGCUUCAGAGUUAUUAGAGCUUCAAUCGUUUGAAGAGUCCACAAUGAGCGGAAGUUUUAUCAUUUCUGAAUCAAAAAAAUCAGUUCCGCGGUUACAAAUUGUCAUACUUGUGGUUGGAACUAGAGGCGAUGUACAACCUUUUGUGGCCAUUGCAAAGAGACUUCAGGCAUGUUUGAUUUUGUGGCCGUGGCAGUCAGUUUUGUUGAAUUUGUGCUUCCAUACUUUCAUAUGUGAAAUAAUAUUAAAUAUUAAUAUUUACCUGCAGGAGUAUGGUCAUCGUGUUAGGCUAGCAACUCAUGCUAAUUUCAAGACAUUUGUAAGGUCAGCGGGUGUAAAUUUCUAUCCUCUGGGUGGCGAUCCUCGGGUAUUGGCAGGAUAUAUGGCAAGGAAUAAAGGUUUGAUCCCGUCUGGUCCGACUGAAAUAUCUAUCCAAAGAAAGCAGCUGAAGGCCAUAAUCGACUCUCUUCUUCCAGCUUGCACAGAGCCUGAUUCGGAAACUGGCAUUCCCUUCACAGCUCAGGCUAUUAUUGCCAACCCUCCUGCAUAUGGGCAUGUACAUGUUGCUGAAGCCCUUGGGGUGCCUAUUCACAUCUUCUUUACAAUGCCGUGGACGCCAACCUACGCGUUCCCCCACCCUUUGGCACGUGUUCCUCAAGGUGCUGGUUAUUGGAUGUCUUAUAUAAUUGUGGAUCUAUUGAUAUGGUGGGGAAUGCGAGGAAUUAUCAAUGACUUCAGGAAAAGAACAUUGAAGCUUCCUCCUAUUGCGUACUUCAGCAUGUAUCGUGGAUCGAUAUCUCAUUUACCAACAGCCUAUAUGUGGAGUCCGCAUCUUGUUCCGAAACCAAGUGACUGGGGACCUUUAGUUGAUGUUGUUGGUUACUGUUUCUUGAAGCUUGGGUCAAAGUAUCAACCGCGGGAAGAUUUUGUCCAAUGGAUUAAAAAAGGACCGCCUCCUUUAUAUUUUGGAUUUGGGAGCAUGCCUCUUGAAGAUCCUAAAGGAACAACUGAUGUUAUAUUGGAGGCGCUAAAAGAGACAGAACAGCGGGGAAUUAUUGACCGAGGUUGGGGCAAUCUCGGGAAUUUGGCAGAAGUUUCUGACAACGUUUUCCUUCUUGAGGAAUGCCCCCAUGAUUGGCUGUUUCCUCAAUGUUCUGCUGUGGUGCAUCAUGGCGGAGCCGGAACCACGGCUACAGGAUUGAAAGCUGGGUGUCCAACAACUAUAGUUCCAUUCUUUGGAGACCAGUUCUUUUGGGGAGAUAGAAUACAUCAGAAAGAGUUAGGACCUGCCCCAAUUCCAAUAUAUGAGCUCAAUGUUGAGAAUCUAUCACAUGCUAUUAAGUUUAUGCUACAGCCAGAGGUGAAAUCUAGGGCAAUGGAAGUUGCUAACUUGAUCGAGAACGAAGAUGGCAUUGCUGCUGCAGUUGACGCGUUUCAUCGCCAACUACCUGAUGAGCUACCAUUGCCAACUCCAUCUCAUGCGGAGGAGGAUAACUUAAGUCCUAUUCAGUGGUUUUUUAACCAACUUGCAAAGUGGUGCUCCGUGGCUUGUGGUGGCGUGUAGAUUUUUAAAAUUAAUAUUUAUUUUAGUGAUUUUAUUAUUCAUUAUGUAAUUAGGUUUUGAUAGGAACUUUCUGUUUUCUUAGAAUGGUAACAUAGUGUUUUGGUUUGGUAUUUCAUUCAUUAUGUCAAGUCUCUUAUAUGGGGCCUUGAGUAACAAUAAAUGUUCAUGUAUAUUAGAUUUCACCCCUCCCCUUCCCCUCAAACAUUUUGUAUAGGAGGUUCUGUCAUUUGUGGUAGAUUAAGAGUUGAGAGUUAUAUAUAUUUAUAUAUAGAGUUAUGCUAGGUGUUUUUGUUUCUUGA